UCCCACUAGAAAUCUUACGCCCCACAAAAAACAAUACUCCGGUUAUCAUUGUUUCGCUUCCUGUAUGAUCGAUCAUCAGUGUAAUUAACGGACAGCGGCUACCUGACCACAUGGGUGUGUUAUACAAUAUUUUAGGUCGUAUCAGCAGCGCGCGAAAAUUAUUUCCACGACCGAACAUUGAUUUUACUCCCCUCUCGAGGGCGGUUCGUACAACAGCGGUGAACAGUUCCUAAACAUUUUAUUUGAAUAUGGCGAAACUGCCCAGGUACGUGUUUUAGGGGGUGUAGUGUGACAGUCAUUUCUGUGGAUUUUUAGUGUGUGUAAAAAUGUGAUUUCUCUUGGAUUGCCAUGGUUUUAUCAUGCCUUUAGGCGAACGAAUUGUUACACCUGUGAAUUUGGGGAGAUCCCCCAUAAAAAUUGACCAUGGGGACAAGCGAAAUCUCCAAAAUGCAGUGACAUCGAACGCCCUCGUGGGAAUUCUUCAUCAGCUGGCCAGCGUGGUCCGCCUAGCAGACGACAUCUUCUGUGACAUUUCAGAGGAAUGCCAAAAAGUGUUCGAAAAGUCGGAACGUAUUAGCAGAAAAAUUACAUUUGUAGAACAGUUUGUCAAAGACCUUGAUGCUAAAUCAGUUACCAUACCUGUUGGUGACCUGACUAAGUUCAGCCAUUGUCAUGACCAUCAUGUUGCCAAGCACGGCUUUGACUGUGACCUCUUCACCUCUGAUAACCGUCCCCACUGUAUCCAGGACCACUACGCGCUGGGCGAGACGUCUCCCGGGAAGAUCAUGCGCGGGGCGGACCUCUACAGGAAGGAUGGACUCUGUACGUCCAGGCUGUUCAAACUCUGGCCAGUCGCGCUCAAUGAACCCAAGAUCUCCUCCCCCGACUUCAACCUGCCAAGAAGGUCACAAGAUGUGUUUACUUUUGAGAAGAAGUAUAAAAAGUUGAAAUUGAAAGAAAGGAGGAAAACAAUUCACAUCACCGAUGAACUUUACCCCACGGAAAAGAAAGAUCCCCCCAAAGAGGAGAAGGAAAAAGAGAAUGAGUCAAGUGAAAUUGUGGUGCCUCCGUCCGAAGUGAUAAAAAUAGACACCUCGGGGACAGGCUUCCAUCGCAUGCAGUCCUUCAGGAAAGUCCUUGCAAAAAUAGAAUAUGAGGAUGUCAAAAAGAAGAAACGAAGGAGAACUGUAUCUGGUGUGUCGGAGAGUAUUCUGCAGGAAAUUGAAAUGUUUGAACAGAAGCGAGUGAGUACUAGUGGACGGGACCAUGUUAGGGACUAUAAUUUUGACGAUUUGGACGUUCUAGAAGUUGAGGUUCCAAGGGACGAGGAAAUGGCAAAAUAUCUGGAUGAAAUCGAUGCCAAAAUUGAAGAGAGAAAAGAGGAUGAGAGAUUGUUCAAGGAACCUAAAAUCAUGAAAUUUUUUCCAUGUCGUAGAUCAAAAUCUCUUCCAAGGUGUGCCAAGUUAAAUUCUGCGAAGGCUCUAAUUGAGCGAAAAUCUCAGAUUGCCGGACUUAAUGAAAGUGAGCUAAGCCUGAAUAGUAAUAACUCUAAUGACAGUCGACAUUCCCGUCUCACUAAACGCGGCAGCAUCAUCAGUAAUAAAAUCAAAUCCCUGGUACGCAGCAACAGCGGGAACAGACUUGUCGAGAAAAUCCACAAAUCGCGACCAAAGUCCCUAGACCUGGACGCCAUAGACUUUGAGGUUUCUAGUCCCUCAAACUUGGCUAAAAUGCCCAGUAUGCCAGAUAACAUGCUGACCAGAAAAGAAAUGAACUUGAGGGUUGGUCCGGGGACAUACUAUGGAUUUGAGACCGAGUGUAAUACUUUACCUCGGCGCAAUGUCAAAAGAAACGAGUUUCCCUGGGAGUCCAUGCCGAAGGACUGGACGACUUCUGUCAAGUUAAGGGAAAUUUCCAAGAGGCAUUCCAGUUACACAGAUCGGCAGUCUUCCUCAGGUCAUUGGAGUGGUAGCAGUAGUAAUCGACACUCUCUAGACAGUGACCAUGUGGUGAAAGCCGAGACUAUUCCUAACUCCACGUCCCAGUGUUCCCUUGGUAACGACUCAGGACGAGACUCGCCGAUUCCUCCAGAAAGCAGGUGUGGGACAGAAUCCACAGGAGGUUAUACCGGAGAUGACGCCAGCACGGUAGCGGGGGACGUCAGUUCUGUCGUAAACGCCAAGCUGGACACCGAGACCUGGCUGAAGAGUCUGGCAGUGCGAGCCCUGGGGCGGGAGGAGGUGAUGUCCAGUAGUGCCGAGACUCUGUCCUCCCUCACCAGGCUGACCAAGAAAAACAUCAUGGCCCUGGACCUGAUGAUGUCAUCACCCCAGAAGAGACCCCCGCCAUGUGACGACGGGGAAUCGUCGGUGUAUUCUGUGGAUCAGGAGGGCUUCUACACAUCCUUCCACAAUGACAGCGGAUUAAGGAAGAGCAAUGCCACACUAGUGGAUGAAGAAGAGGAGGAAGAGGAACUCUCCAUUAGUAAGGACUCCCAGAGUCUGUGUAGUGUGGACAGUGUGAUCCAUAAUCCUGAGGGAGGAGAGAAGUAUGCUGGGGCCAAGACAAGCAGUGGGAAGAUAAUUAACAAAGUUAGCCCUCCAGCGCCACCAAAGAGAACCAGUUCCUGUUCAGGGGUGGGUCCGAAAUCUCCAUACGAUUUUUCUUCUUUCUCUGAUACAGACCAGGAGGCUAUGUCUUCCAGACUGAUCUCAAAGACUCAGAUAUCUAAAACCUCCAUUCCAUCCCUGUGUGUGAUGAGUGAUGAAGACAGCUCACUCAGUAGACAGACUUCAGUAGAAGGCAAUCCCACAGUGAACAAAAAUUCCACUGAAAGUGUUGCUAGUGAAAAUAAUUCUCUUGGAAAUUCAACAAAUCCUUCCUCGUUUUCUCAUUUCGAGGGGAAGGGUUCUUUAGACAACACAAACAUGGCAGAUGAAAGUGUUUACUGUCAGACAUUGCCAAAAGGAUUUCACUCCAACUCAAAAGAUGCACAACCACAUGACUAUACAAAAUCUUGGCCUAGGUGCAUGAACAAAAAGUCAAAGGAGGAUCAUCCAAAGUCAGGAAUUCUGAAAAGUACAGACCGAUCAAUGAGUGGCCCAAAGACUCCAAAGUCUCUGAACUUUUCACCUGUCAUCAAUAUGUUCAACCCCGGAAUGCCCCUGUCUCUACAGCUUCCACUUGUCUCCUCUCCCACUUCUUCUGAAGAUGGAGAGAAAGAAACCAAAGUAGCUGAUUUAGCAGAAGAAGGCGUGUAUAAACUGACAGUCCAGGAGGAAAGAAAAGACAUACCACUCAAGUAUCACCCCACUCUGGUGGUUAAACCUGGCGCCCGCGCUCAGUCUUCAGAAAGGAAAUCUCAGGAGUCUCAGAAAGUGCCUAGUGAAAAAGACACUAUGAAAAUACCUUCCUCUGAAAAAACCCAGGAGGGUCAUUAUCCACCUUGUACAAUUGUCCCCAUUCAUAAUGGUGCUGUCUUAAAUCAAACUGCAUCGAAUUCAUCCACAAGUUAUUCUGGAAUGUACAGCACUUGUUCCUUUGGUAGCAUCAACUCGCUGGAAUCUGCAGGCUCCUUGUCUCUUAGCAACAGCUUAACCUAUGUCACCAUGGAGAGCACAUGUAGCUCCCCAAAUUUAUCCAACCUGGAUGUUCCUAUGAUGACCACCCCUACAGGAUCAUUUGAAUCUCUCUCAGAGCAGUCCACAUUCUCUGCUUCUGUUCAGAAUCAGUAUACUUACACUAGUGACAAUUCCAACUUUAGUUCCACAAUUGAAACAAUAGCAAUAACAACAAGCUGUCUGGAUUCUUUUGAUGACAUUAAACCUGAAAAUCAAUCUUUCCAAACAUUCUCUGGACCACCUAUGUCAACAUCUACACCUCACUCUUCUGUCUCCAGAUUAGAAAACCAUUCCAGAAAUUGGGACACUCCUUCUCAAAGGUUCCAAAGUUCAGAACCAACAUAUAAACCAGUCGAGAGGGGUAGGAGAAGAACAAAGCAAGCACCUGUUCAGGCAGCAGAACCAGAGAGGAAAAUGAAAUCCACAACUUCGCUCCCUGAACACAUGGUGAACUAUACCAGCACCAAGUACCAAGAAAGGACCAGAAACUAUAAACCAACAAAGCAAGCUCCUACUAACAGCAAGAGAGGUGCAGUUGUGAAUGUCAUGAACUUGAGUAAGGGGGCCUCUAGCUAUAAUAGUGGCUCUAGUUAUGCAGAAGAAUCAUCCAGUAGAACAGAUUCUUACAGGGUAGCCAUGGCAGAUUCCACCAAUGACAGAAACUGUCACAAAGGAACCCCUGCUGAACCAUCCAAUCGAACAGAUUCUUACAGAGUGGCAAUGGGAGAAGGUAACAGCUAUAGAUCAGGAUCAUACAGAGUGGCCAUGAAAGAAAGUCUGAGCUGUCCAUCCUUCCAGCAAAGACUUAGUAACCCACCUCCUUCCCUAAGCAAUCAAAAUUCCUACAGUGGUUUGACUGACGGAUACCCCCCACUUACCUCUGAUGAUGACGUCCUGAUGGACUGCACGCGGACAGACUCGUACAGGGUGGCGGUACGUAACACUCAGGGAGUGGUGAACAAUGAACUGGUCCAGAGGAAUUCAUCCUACAGAGUGGCAGUCAAUGACAUGGAACCCAUUAUGGCUGACUCCAGGAUGAACGGACUGGACACAGGAAGUGAGCUGGUCAGUGGAAGGGAUUCACGUCGGAUGGGAAUAACUAAUAUCGACCAAGUGAAAGAUAUCUCUGGUGGUAAUCAGGGGACCAAGAUUAUUGGAGGGGUUGACGUUUCAAAAAUAGAUACCAGCAAAGUUGUGAGACGUCGUCCAAAGACGGAUGUGGAUCCCAUAUCAGUCAUCUCAAGUCGUGAUGCCAGCAAAAAUGCCAACAAAAGUCACAAGAGCAGCAGCAAGAGGCACAGCACAUCAUCCACAUACAUCAAGUUUGAUCCGAUAUUCGAGGUCGGAGAGGAUAUGAUGUUGUCUAUGGAAUCCCUAAAAACAGGAUCCAACUCCUCUCUCAAAAUGUCCUCCUCAGACUAUGUGGACCAUGGUUACGGAUUCAACAAGGAGGCCGUGAAAGUCGGCAGCGGAGGAGGUCAGAAGUUCCCCAGUGAAAAGAGUAGUUCCUCUUUAAUAGGCUCCAUCAAAAGUACGUUCAAAUCAAUGUCUGGAAAUUCCAAACAGAACAAUUCUAACAGCGAAGACGAUUGGAGGUUCUCUAUGGUGUAAAUCAAAAUUCUGAUUUCAUUGGGAAAAAAUUUCACCCAGCAUUUAACUCCCUGUGAUGUAAUAAUGUUUCCAUGACAAAAGUUGUUCCAAUUUACAUUGAAAAGUGCCAUAUGCAAUAUUUCUAAUUUUUUUAAAUCAAGUUAUUUUUCCCUGUUUAUUCUUUGUUUUAAAAUUUUGUAUGAAAGUCGUUUUAUAUUCAAAAGAUCAUUAGACUAUAUUUCAUGUAAAUAAAUAUCUAUUUUUAUAAAACUAAAAAGACAUCAAACUAUUUGAACAUGUAAAUUAAAAUCAUGUAUACUCUGUUUUAGCUAGCACGUAACUGUAGCUUUUCUGUAGUGUAGCAUGAGAUUUUAUAUAGGCAUAGUGUGCUAUUUUUGAACACUGAAAGUGCUUGCCAUUCAUUUCAGAUUUCUGAUGUUUUCAUUUUACCAUUCUUUUACCUAAUUUUAAUAAAUGCUCUGAAUAUAUUUAUGAAUUUUAAACAUUCAUCUUGUACCAAAGUUAUCAUCAUUUUAUAUAUUUUACAUUAAAUUAUUGGAUAUGCAAAAAUGGCAGCAUUAUAUGUGUGUCUUGUCUGUUAGUGAAUAUUAUACAUGAUUGUAUAUACAUGUAUGUUUAUGUCCUCCAUCAAAACUACUUUUCCUGCCUGUUAAUUAUAAUGUACAGAACAAUGAUUAAAAUUCUGUUUUUUAAGAUUAAACCAUUCAAACGAAAUCUCAUGCAGCCCAGCAUAUCCAGUUUACUUUCAGUUUAUAUCAUAUACUGUAAACCAACUUUUAUUCGCGACUACUUUAUUUCACUAUUUAACGAGGGGUAAAGUAUUUCACAUGAUUAAUUUUCGCGACCAAAGCCUAUUAAGGUUCUCUUGUUAAUAGACCCAUAGACUUUAAGAACUGGUUCGCGACGAGAAAUAUUCGCGAUGACGAGAUUCUCGCAAAAUUCGCGAAAAUUUCUCGCACGCGAAUAAAAGUUGGUUUACAGUAUAUAGGUUAGGCUGAUUAUCCAUUUCAGUUAAUGCCAACAUUUUAUGCAAUAAACUUAAUCAGUGGAAAGCAUGUAAAAAUAACUUUGUACAUUAUUUAACUGAAAACAUUUUACAAAAUCAAAAAGAAAACCUUAUUGUUUGAUAUUUUUUUCACAAUAUAUUGCUGUUCAAUUUACUUGAACCCUUCACAGUAAGCCAAAAGAGUUGUUUGAAGUGCUUGUUAUUAUACCAAUAUAACCAUCACAUUGUGUAGUGCAAUUCUGUCCUACAGAUCUCUGUAGCAAAAAAAUAAAGUAUUUUAGUAACUAUAAA